CGGGGCAGCAGCCGGGGGCCCGGGAGUGAGCGGCGUGUGCAUGUGCAAGAACCGCUACCCCGUGUGCGGCAGCGACGGCAACACCUACCCCACCGGGUGCCAGCUGCGCGCCGCCAGCCUGAGGGCCGAGAACCGCGGGGAGAAGGCCAUCACCCAGGUCAGCAAGGGCACCUGCGAGCAAGGUCCUUCCAUUGUGACCCCCCCCAAGAACAUCUGGAAUGUCACUGGUGCCAAGGUGUACUUGAGCUGUGAGGUCAUUGGAAUCCCAACCCCUGUCCUCAUCUGGAACAAGGUAAAAAAGGACGAUAAUAGAUUUCACAGGACAGAACUCUUGCCUGGUGACCGGGACAACCUGGCCAUUCAGACCCGAGGUGGCCCAGAAAAGCACGAAGUAACUGGCUGGGUGCUGUUAUCUCCACUCAGUAAGGAAGAUGCUGGAGAAUAUGAGUGCCAUGCAUCCAACUCUCAAGGACAAGCUUCAGCAUCAGCAAAAAUUACAGUGGUAGACAGCAUACAUGAAAUACCAGUGACUAAAGGUGAAAGUGCCAAGCUAUAAACCUGAAGAAUAUAUUAGUCUGCAUAGCUAAACAUAGUCAUGGAUAACUACUACCCUGUUCUUGCCUAAUAACCAGUUUCUUUUCAUCCAGUCCACUAACACCUUUGUUAUAUUCACCGACUUUACACAGAGAUAACACAUCAAGACUAUCUACAAAAAUUUAUUACCUGUUUACAGAAGAAAAGCAUGCAUAUCAUCAAACAAAACAAAUAAAAUGCUUUUUGUCACAAUGUAA